AUGUCUCAGGCUUCUCAGGCCUCUACAUCUCGGCAACCCGUCGAGGCCGUCGACCGACUGAAGCGGACCGUCGACGACCUCGACCGGCAGGUGCGGGACCUUCGCGCCCAGCUGGCAAAGGAACGCGAUGCGCGGCGGAAAGCCAGCGAGCGGAGCCGACAGAAGCGCCGCGCCGCCUCUUCCGGCUCGCUGCAAGAGCUUGUCGCCGCCUGGACGGGUACGGAUGCCGGCGACGACGCGGUGCGCGACGAGGUCGAGGUCAAGAAGACGCUCGAAACCAGGCUGAGCCGCCUGGACGACGAGAGCCUCACUGCCCUCUUGACGCUCUCGACCUCGGCGCUCGUCAGGCUCAUUUCUGGCGGUGAGACGACCGCUAGCGUUCUCGCCAUCCCAACCUUGCUCGUGCCGUCCAAGAGCGUCGGGAUAGAAGGGCUCGGCAGCGGCGGCGAGAUUGACAGGAGGCUGGCCAAGGUGGAAGGCGGCGAUGCGGCAACCAGAAAGAGGAAGCGGCCACCGCUCGGCAUCCAGGUCGUCCGAGGCGGGCCGGAUCAGGACGACGAGGACGAGCGGGAUGUGCCCGGCUCCGAUACGGUCGUAGAAGCGCGGCAACGCGCCAAGCAGGCCCUCUGGAUGAAUGACUGGCUAGAAGGGCGGAAGGUGUUGAACCAGCGCCUCUUGUCGCACCUGGCGGACUUCACCUACCUCGAUAUCAGCACGCUCACGCAACGGACCAAGCCGCCUUCCCGCGCCGAAGCCGAGACGGAUACGACGAUCCGCUCCGUCCACCUGACGGGCACGCUCUCUGACCUAUGCGACCUCACGCUGCGGUACGACGUGCACGAGCCCGCCUCUCCGUCGUCGUCGUCGUCGGUGGACGGCACGCUGGCGUCGUUGGCAUCGCGAUCGCCGCAGAUGCGCAACCUGUCGCUCGACAUGCCGCCUGCGCUGCGCCACGCGCUGUCGGCCAACAACCACCUCGCCCGGACGCUGCGCCAGGCCAACCUGCCCGCCCUGAUGCUGUCGCUGCGCACGCUGCUGCCCCUCGCGCGGCUGCGCCAGGCGCUCUACUCCAACCUCGCACAGAGGUACCCGCACCUCGUUCCCUCCUCUGCCCGCAACGGCAAGCUAUGGUCCCCGCCUCCACCAGUCGAUGGCGGCGACGGCAGCGGCAAGAACAAGGACAAGAUCAGGGUCCAGGAUGCAGACGUCCUCGCCCGCCUGGUGGAUCCGGGACGGGCGGAGCAGCUGGUCUUUACCAAUGCCCGCAAAGCCAGCUUGGAGCUCACGUUCGCAAUCACGUUUACGCGGCACGGACACGCCUACCCGUCCAUCUUGCUCGUCCCCUCUCUACCUGCCCCUCUCUCAUCUUCAACAUCGACGCAGACCCAGACGCUCCUCGACUCGUUCGCGCAGCGGUUCCAGCACCUCCUCUCGUACCUCACCUCGCCGCAACGUCGUCGAGAUGCCGCCGCCUCACUCGCCGCCAACAACGACAACGACCAAGAGGCGGCACAGCAGCAGCGAGUCGGCAUCCAAGCUGCCAUUGUCGCCGUCGUCGAUGCCUUCUUUGCCAUCGAAUCGUCCUAG